AUGAAGAAGCACUCCGAAUCUCCGCCAACUCGAGUAUUCUUAAUAGCGGCAAAAACAUUGAAAAGAAGAUCUUCUCUCCAUCUGCAAACAACAACAGCGGCAAUAAUUUUACGAUGGGAACUCUUGACACUUGCGUUUCGUGAUGGGAGCGACGAUUGUCUGUUUCCUGUUGCGCAAGAAAAGCAUUAA